AUGGAUGAGGAAAACAUGACGAAAAGCGAAGAACAGCAGCAACUGAGUUUGCAGAAAGCCUUGCAUCAAUGUGAACUGGUCCAAAACAUGAUAGACAUAAGCAUCUCCAACCUAGAAGGGCUCAGGACGAAAUGUGCUACAUCCAACGACCUGACACAGAAGGAAAUCAGGACCCUAGAGAGCAAGCUGGUGAAAUACUUCAGCCGCCAGCUGUCCUGCAAGCGGAAGGUGGCCCAGCAAGAACGCGAUGCCAAGCUGGCCGGCUUCCCCCACAUCCUGCACUGGUUUAGGAUCGUCGACGUGCGCAAGGAGGUCAUGGAGGAAAUGGCCCUGGGGCAGCUGAGCCUGGAGGAGCUGCUGGAUAUGUCGGAGCAGCAGGUGUGCGCGGCCAUGGAGAAGUUUGGGGCCAACGAGGAGGAAUGCGCCCGCCUCAACGCCUCCCUCGCCUGCCUGAGGAAUGUCCACAUGGCCGGAGGCGGCGUCGGCAGCCCGUCCCAGCCAGACUGGACCAUCCCGUGGCCCACGCCGGAGCCCGCCAAGGAGCCCCCGAGCCCCCAGCUCCAGCCCAAGCGGGGCCCGGACCGGUUGACCGUGGUGAGCGCCCCAACGGAGCCCGCCCAACGCUCCCUGCCCCCAUCCCCCCGGCAGAGGCCGGCCCCCCGCACCCCAAACAUCGUGACCCCGGCCUCGGGCCCGGGCGGCUCGCCCCCGGUCACCCCGUCGGGCCCACAGCGCGGGCGGAGAAGCAAGGCCAAGCAGGCCCCACCGCCGGGCACCCCGCCUGCGGCCGCCAGGAAGCUCAUCCACCUCUUCCCGGGAUUCACCGCUUUACACCGGAGCAAGUCGCACGAGUUCCAGCUGGGUCACCGCCUCGACGAGGCCCACACACCCAAAGCCAAGAAGAAGAACAAACCCUUGAACCUGAAGAUCCACACGAGCGUUGGCAGCUGUGAGAACCUUCCGGCCCAGCGCUCCCCGCUCCUCUGCGAGAGACCCGUGAGGUCCUUCUUCGUCGGCUACCCUCCCUUCCUUCCCUCCACGCCUCCCGUCCACACCGACGCUAACGUUUCCUCAAACACGCUGUCAGUGCCUCGCUGGUCGCCCCAGAUCCCCCGCAGAGACCUGGGAAAUUCCAUAAAACACAGAUUUUCCACCAAAUACUGGAUGUCGCAAACCUGCAUCGUCUGUGGGAAAGGAAUGCUGUUUGGACUAAAAUGCAAAAAUUGCAAGUUGAAGUGCCACAACAAAUGCACCAAAGAAGCCCCUCCAUGCCACUUAUUGAUUAUCCACCGAGGAGAUCCAGCAAGAUUAGUCCGGACAGAGUCGGUUCCCUGUGACAUCAACAACCCCCUGAAGAAGCCCCCGCGAUAUUCCGACCUGCACAUCAGCCAGACCCUCCCCAAAACCAACAAAAUCAACAAGGACCACAUUCCGGUGCCCUACCAGCCGGACUCCAGCAGCAACCCCUCGUCCACGACUUCGUCCACGCCUUCGUCGCCCGCGCCUCCGCUGCCCCCGAGCGCCACUCCCCCGUCUCCUCUGCACCCCUCUCCGCAGUGCCCAAGGCAGCAGAAGAACUUCAACAUGCCAGCAUCCUAUUACUACAAGUACAAGCAGCAGUUCAUUUUCCCAGACAUCGUGCCUGUGCCUGAGACCCCAAACAGAGCCCCCCAAGUGAUCCUCCACCCCGUGAACUCAAAUCCGAUGCUGGAAGCCAGUCCGUUGCUUCAGAUCGAAGUGGCGCCGUCCUCCGAGAACGAAGAGGGGAACGAGGAGGCCGUGGAGUCGGAGGACGACUUCGAGGAGAUGAACCUGUCCCUCCUGUCAGCCCGGAGCUUCCCCCGGAAGGCCAGCCAGACGAGCAUCUUCCUCCAGGAGUGGGACAUCCCCUUCGAGCAGCUGGAGGUGGGCGAGCUGAUCGGCAAGGGUCGCUUCGGCCAGGUCUUCCACGGCCGCUGGCACGGCGAGGUGGCCAUCCGGCUCAUCGACAUCGAGCGGGACAACGAGGACCAGCUCAAGGCCUUCAAGAGGGAGGUCAUGGCCUACCGGCAGACGCGCCACGAAAACGUGGUCCUCUUCAUGGGGGCCUGCAUGAGCCCCCCGCACCUGGCCAUCAUCACCAGCCUAUGUAAGGGAAGGACGCUCUUCUCCGUGGUGAGGGACGCGAAAAUCGUCCUGGACGUCAACAAGACGCGGCAGAUCGCUCAGGAGAUUGUCAAGGGCAUGGGAUAUCUGCACGCCAAGGGAAUCCUCCACAAAGACCUCAAAUCGAAAAAUGUCUUCUAUGACAACGGCAAGGUGGUGAUCACGGACUUUGGGCUUUUCAGCAUCUCGGGAGUGCUGCAGGCCGGCAGGAGAGAGAAGAAGCUGCGUAUCCAGAAGGGCUGGCUGUGCCACCUGGCCCCCGAAAUCAUCCGACAACUGGCCCCCGACACGGAAGAGGACAAGUUACCCUUCUCCAACCACUCGGACGUCUUUGCCUUCGGCACCAUCUGGUAUGAACUCCACGCCAGGGCCUGGCCUUUCAAGACCCAGCCGGCAGAGACCAUAAUAUGGCAGAUGGGAAGAGGGAUGAAGCCCAGCCUGAGCCAGAUUGGCAUGGGGAAAGAGAUCUCGGACAUUCUCCUGUUCUGCUGGGCAUUUGAGCAGGAGGAGAGACCCACCUUCACCAAGCUCAUGGAGAUGUUGGACAAGCUACCCAAGAGAAAUCGUCGCCUCUCCCACCCCGGGCACUUUUGGAAAUCAGCAGAGUAA